AACUCACGGACCGUGAGAUCAUGACCUGAGCUGAAUUUGGGCACUUAACUGAUGGCGCCACCCAGGCGCCCCCCAGCAUCUUAAUUUUAGAAGCAAACAGUGUGUUUUAAAGUUUCCAUUUGGCGGGAAUAGCAUUAUGGCUCCCUGGAUGGCAGGAGAGGAGCCAGGGAGGGGAGUAUCGUUGCAUAGCACAGCUGUGUGUUGUCCUCAUUUUCUCCACUGUGUUUGUAGCACUCAGACAGGAUGUAGAGUUCAAUUGCUUGUAUUGGGAACUUGACAGAUUGCUAUCUUUUGGGUACUCUUUGUUAGAUGAAUGAUUAGUUAGCCUGGAGCUUGUUUCAGAAAAGAAGCACUAGAUACAAUUUCUUAUUUUGGAAGGGGCUCUAGGAAUCCCAGUCCUUGGGUGUGGAAUGGUCUGUAAUGUCUGGACCCUGCCUUGAGGCGGGUAGCGUAUCACCACCUCCAGGUGUUGAAGCAGCUGAGGCCCCAGGAGUCGAAUGUCUCCUGAGUCAGCCAGCUGCAAUUGCCUGUUCAGAGCACUUGGCGAUCAAUUGGAGGGACACUCCCGAAAUCAUCUCAGGCACCGACAAGAGACCGUGGACUACAUGAUAAAGCAGCGGGAAGAUUUUGAACCCUUUGUAGAAGAUGACAUUCCUUUUGAGAAACAUGUGGCCAGUUUGGCAAAGCCUGGCACAUUUGCUGGCAAUGACGCGAUUGUGGCCUUUGCAAGAAAUCAUCAGUUGAAUGUGGUGAUUCACCAGCUUAAUGCCCCUUUGUGGCAGAUUCGUGGCACCGAGAAGAGCAGCGUGCGGGAGUUACACAUCGCGUAUCGGUGCGGAGAGCACUAUGACAGCGUUCGGAGGCUCAAUGACAACUCGGAAGCACCUGCCCAUCUCCAGACUGAUUUUCAGAUGCUCCAUCAAGAUGAAUCGGAUAAAAGGGAAAAGAUGAAGACGAAGGGAGGUGACCUCGACGAUGACCUGAGAGAUGAAGUAGAAGAUGCCGUCCAGAAAGUCUGCACCGCAACUGGGUGUUCAGAUUUUAACCUGAUAGUCCAGAACCUGGAAGCUGAAAAUUAUAAUAUUGAAUCUGCAAUAAUUGCCAUGCUUCAGAUGAACCAGGGGAAAAGAAAUAAUGCAGAGGAGAACCUAGAGUCCGGCGGCCGCGUGCCCAAGCCAUGCGACCCUUUAUGGGAGGAGGGUGGCAGUGGCACGAGAAUCUUUGGAAAUCAGGGCUUGACUGAAGGCAGGACUGAAAACAGUAAGGAGCGGGCCAGCCCGAGUGAAGACAACAAAGCAAAUAAAAACCAACUCCCUAAGGUCACCAACAAACAGAGGAGGGAGCAGCAGCGCCUGGAGAAGAAGAAACGACAGGAGGAGAGGCACCGUCACAAAGCCCUAGAGAGCAGGAGCGGCCACAGGGACAGCAACCGGAGUGAAGCAGAUGCCAACACGCAGGUCACCUUGGUGAAAACCUUUGCCGCUCUCAACAUCUGACUCCCCGCCCCUCGGGGAGAUGUGAGAAGCGAGCGGAAGGUGGAGUGCCGUGUACCGGGCUUUCCGAGCAAGGCCCACCUCUCACAAAAUGAAACACAACCCACAGAGCUCUCACACGAGCUCACGCACUGACUUAGUUUCCUUCAAGCUGCCUCUUUUUUGCGCAGACUUUUGUUAGUGAUGUGUUUUAUUUUAUGGAAGUUCAGCGAAGCCAUUCGUGUUCUGUGAUUAAAAUACCGAGUUCUAGGGUUGGAUAGUUA